AUGAACCGAGUCAACACACGUGCAUCUAGGACCCUGAAGCGAUCCAGAGAGCCAUCUCCUCCCUCCGGCAGUGGACAAGUCGGGCAGCCGCCUGCGCCAUCGCGCACCAGGACUCAUAGGGUCCAAAAAGCUAGCCGAGUCUCCCAUGUAUCUGACACCCUGGCGACGGGUACUUCAGUCGGGGCCAAGCCACACAGCCAAGCUACUCAACCGUCCCAGCCUGCCGUGACCAAAAGACCUGCAGCCAAUGAUUCGACUCCCGCCUCCAAUAACCAUCCUCUCAGAAAGCAAACUAAUAGGAUUGAAACUGAGCGACCUGCUGAACAUGCCGUGGAUUGUCCUCGCACGAAAGACGAACAAAGGCUGUUGGAUCCAAACCAGCUUUGCAAGAAUGCCGCAUGUCAGUUACGUCUAGCACCCGAUCCUGGGCUUGCGUAUUUUGAUCCUACCCAUUUGGCCUUGUUUGAGCAAGUCAACAAUGAUCGACUUCGCCUAGCAGACGCGCUAUCUAUUACAACCAGCCAGCUUCGCUUCAAUGAUAUGCUGAUGACUGUCGAUUGGCCGUAUAUGAUGAGACAGGUCAAGGGGGCAUACAACAAUGGGAAGCUGAACGGAUUGCAGGCGGAACACCCUGAAAGCAACAUUCGCGACUUCGAAGCCUUUAAUUCGCACACCAUAUCCUCCGCCCAAACCGCCAGCUUUUCCUAUGCCUUUCUGAAGCGGUUGCAAAUGGUCAACUGUGACCGACUUCUACUCGCAAACACGCUCUCUGUGCCAGUCAAUCAGCUUUGGUUCCAUGGUGAAGAGAUGGUCUUCAAAUGGGAUGGAAUGGUCUCGGAGAUCAUGAGCGCGUCGAAAAGUGGGAGGCUGAAUGAGGUGCCGACGCAAUAUCUGACAUUGCCGCUGCCUGAUGAUUUUAAGCCCGACUCAGCCGAUUGCUUGACCGACAGCGACAGGGAAGACAUAUUGAUGUUGGUUACCAGUGUGGUGCCCAGGGCCAGACAUUGGGCAGCGGUGGAGCGCAUGAUGAACGAUGAGACACCCGUUCGGAGGUCGGAUGUGGCCACCUUGGUCAUGGACGUGAAUGACGAUCUUGGGGAACAGCUGUUCCGGUUCGCUCAAGCCGCCAAUACAGUUGAGGAUCAGAUUGGGAGUCAUCGCAAAGAUGCCAUUUGUGCGCAACCAGUCAAUCUUGGGGAACGACAUCAUGGAUAUUUUGAAGAGGCCCCACCUGAAUUGAGGAUGUUGGCGAUAAUGCCUACGACCAGUGAGGGGAACACAUGGUUUUCGGAUCAAAUGGAGGACAUCAUCGAAUGGAAUCACCAUAGGCUAGGUGCAUGA